AUGGGUGGAAUGAAAAAGUCAACGAAGAAGUUCGAGAAGAAACAUCUCAAGGAUAUUCUCGAACGCCGCAAGGAGGGCGCAAAGAUCAAACAGCGCCACCAAGUGAACGAGAAGCGCAAGGCCAAGAGUGCCAGCCGCCGCGAUGCCGAAGAUGCGACCGAGCCGAACCCUGAGGAGGACAAGAAGAAGAAUGCCUUUGCCGAGAUGAAUGUCGAUGACUUCUUCGCCGGUGGUUUCGACAUCCCGGAAGAAGCCAGCGGCAAGAAGAAGGCGAGCAAAAAGGACGUUACUCCCAAAAUCGGCAAGCGCAAGCGCUCUGCAGACCAGGCGCAGGAAGAUGAGGCUUCUGGCUCUGGCUCGGAGGCCGGCGAGGAUGCUGCCAGCGACGACGACGAGGCCGAUGCCUUUGACGAGCACAAGGACCAGCUCGAGGCAUUGAAGGAGAAGGAUCCCGAGUUCUACAAAUACCUGAAGGAGAACGAUGCCGAGCUGCUCGAUUUCGGCGACCAGGGCGACUUGUCGGAGGUCGACGAGCUGAGUGAGGGUGAGGCCGCCGAGGAGGAGGAGGGCCCCGCGAAGAAGAAAAAGAAGAAGGCCCAGGAAGAAGAGGAGUACCAGAGCACUACUUUGACGAUCCCGAUGGUCAAGAAGUGGCAGACCUUGAUGGAAGAGCAGCACUCCGUCCGUGCUAUGCGCCAGACCGUCCUGGCUUUCCGCGCUGCUGCCUAUGUUCACGAGGCCAGCCCUCCAGAGCAGAAAUACAUUAUCUCGGACCCGGAGGUCUACCACCAGGUGCUCGUCACUGCCCUGAAUGUUGUUCCUAAGGUCCUGGGACACCAUCUCCCGGUCAAGGAGACCGCCGCUGGCAAGGUCAGGGUGUCAAUGGAUUCGAAGAAGUUCAAGACACUCACGCCGUUGAUCAAGUCUUAUACUUCUUCAGUCCACCAGCUUCUGAUGAACCUGUCGGAUGCAUCGACUCUUAAGCUGACGCUGGCCGCCAUGGAGCCCAUGCUGCCUUAUCUCCUCCAGUUCCGCAAAGUCCUGAAGACACUCAUCAAGACCAUUGUCGGAAUUUGGGCCGACGUCGCCAACGCUGAUACCACUCGGAUUACCGCUUUCCUUCUGCUGCGUCGCCUCAUGGUUAUGGGCGACGCUGGCAUCAAGGAAACCGUCCUCAAGGCGACAUACGAGGGCGUGGUCAAGGGCAGCCGCAACACCACCGUGCACACCUUGGCCGGCGUGAACCUGAUGAAGAACUCGGCCGCAGAGAUCUGGGGCAUCGACCAGAAUGUGUCCUACACUACCGGCUUUGGAUUCAUCCGCCAAUUGGCCAUGCACUUGCGCAAAAGCAUCACCAACACCACUAAGGAGUCCUACAAGACCAUCUACAACUGGCAAUACGUGCACUCGCUCGACUUUUGGUCGCGCGUGCUCUCUCAGCACUGCGACGGGCUCGUUGAAGCCAAGGCCGGCAAGCAGUCCGCUCUGCGCCCUCUCAUCUACCCCGUUGUCCAGAUCACCCUGGGUGCCAUGCGCCUCAUCCCGACCGCACAGUACUUCCCUCUCCGCUUCCAGAUGACCCGUGCUCUCCUGCGUAUCUCCCGCGCAACGGGCACCUACAUUCCCCUCGGAGCCUCUCUCCUGGAGGUCCUCACCUCUGCUGAGAUGCGCAAAGCUCCCAGGUCCAGCACCCUCAAGCCCCUCGAGUUCAACACGGCCAUCCGCGCGCCCAAGUCCUACCUGCGUUCGCGCACCUACCAAGACGGCGUCGGUGAGCAGGUCGCCGAGCUCCUGUCCGAGUUCUUCGUUCUGUGGUCCAAGCACAUCGCUUUCCCCGAACUCUCUGUUCCCGUCGUCGUCGCUCUCAAGCGCUGGUUGAAGCAGGUUUCUGCUCGCAACGGCGGCAACAAAAACGGCAAGAUCAACCAGAUGAUCAUGUUGGUCGUGCAGAAGGUCGAGGCUAAUGCCCACUGGAUCGAGGAGCGUCGCUUGAAUGUCACCUACACACCGCGCAACCGCACAGAGGUUGAUACCUUCCUCAAGGGUGUCGAAUGGGAGUCUACCCCUCUUGGCGCUUUCGUUAAGACUCAGCGCAAGUUGCGAGAGGAACGUGCUGCUAUUCUGGAGGAAGGCCGCCUCGAAGAGGAGAAGCGGAGGGCCGAGGCGAAGAAUGGCGGCGAUGAAUUGAUGAAUGAAUUCGGCAGCGAUGACGGUAGCGACGAUGAGGAGGGAGAGGAGGAGCUGGAGAGCGAGAUUGAGGAGGAAGAGGAAGACGAGGACGAGGAUGAGGUUGAGAUGGAGGACGAGUAG